UCUCUGUUCUGCUUUAGGAGUAAAAUUUACCCUGCAGUUCAUUCUGCUGUGAAGUUUUCUCUUUCUCUCGGAGACCAGGUUCUGCCCUUCUGCUGAAGGGAAGUGUUUUCACAGGUUCUCCUUUGAACCUCCUGCUGAAUUUGCUAGUCUCCUGCUGAAUUUGCUAGUCAACUCAACAGGAAGUGAGGCGGUGGAGGGAGGCAGAAGAGCCAGGGUGGUUAUUGAAAGUAAAAGAAACUUCUUCCUGGGAGCCUGUCCCACCCCCUUCCCCACCGAGCACGUGGAGUUAGGCAGGUUAGGGGACUCAGAGACUGUGAUGGUGCCAGGAAAGGGUGGAGCGGAUUAUAUUCUGCUGCCUUUUGAAGAGAUGGACUUCAACAGAAAUCUUUUUGAUAUUGGGGAACAACUGGACAGUGAAGAGCUGGCCUCCCUCAAGUUCCUGAGCCUGGACUGCAUCCCACAAAGGAAGCAAGAACCCAUCAAGGAUGCCUUGAUGUUAUUCCAGAGACUCCAGGAAAAGAGAAUGUUGGAGGAAAACAAUCUGUCCUUCCUGAAGGAGCUGCUCUUCCGAAUUAAUAGACUGGAUUUGCUCACUACUUACCUAAACACUAGAAAGGAGGAGAUGGAAAGGGAACUUCAGGCACCAGGCAGGGCUCAGAUUUCUGCCUACAGGGUCAUGCUCUAUCAGAUUUCAGAAGAGGUGGGCAGAUCAGAAUUGAGGUCUUUUAAGUUUCUUCUGCAAGAGGAGAUCUCCAAAUGCAAACUGGAUGAUGACAUGAACCUGCUGGAUAUUUUCAUAGAGAUGGAGAAGAGGGUCAUCCUGGGAGAAGGCAAGUUGGACAUCCUGAAAAGAGUCUGUGCCCAAGUCAACAAGAGCCUGCUGAAGAUAAUCAAUGACUACGAAGAAUUCAGCAGAGAGAGAACAAGGAGUCUUGAAGGAAGACCUGAUGAAGGUUCAAAUGGGGAGGAGUUGUGUGGGCUAAUGACAAUCUCGGACUCUCCAAGAGAACAGGAUAGUGAAUCACAGACUUUGGACAAAGUUUACCAAAUGAAAAGCAAACCUCGGGGAUACUGUCUGAUCAUCAACAAUUACGAUUUUACGAAAGCACGGGAGAAAGUGCCCAAACUUCACAGCAUUAGGGACAGGAAUGGAACACACUUGGAUGCAGAGGCUUUGACCGCGACCUUUGAAGAGCUUCAUUUUGAGAUCCAGCACCACAAUGACUGCACAGUAGAGAAAAUCUAUAAGAUUUUGAAAACCUACCAACUCAUGGACCACAGUAACAAGGAUUGCUUCAUCUGCUGUAUCCUCUCCCAUGGAGACAAGGGCAUCAUCUAUGGCACUGAUGGACAGGAAGCCCCCAUCUAUGAGCUGACAUCUCAGUUCACUGGUUUGAAGUGCCCUUCCCUUGCUGGAAAACCCAAAGUGUUUUUUAUUCAGGCUUGUCAGGGGGAUAACUACCAGAAAGGUAUACCCGUUGAGACUGAUUCAGAGGAGCAACCCUAUUUGGAAAUGGAUUUAUCAUCACCUCAAACGAGAUAUAUCCCAGAUGAGGCUGACUUUCUGCUGGGGAUGGCCACUGUGAAUAAUUGUGUUUCCUACCGAAACCCUGCAGAGGGAACCUGGUACAUCCAGUCACUUUGCCAGAGCCUGAGAGAACGAUGUCCUCGAGGCGAUGAUAUUCUCACCAUCCUGACUGAAGUGAACUAUGAAGUAAGCAACAAGGAUGACAAGAAAAACAUGGGGAAACAGAUGCCACAGCCAACUUUCACACUAAGAAAAAAACUAGUCUUCCCUUCUGAUUGAUAGUGCUAUUUAGAUAUAUAACACUAUGUUUAUUUACUAAUUUUCUAAUUAGUUAAUUUAUUAACUGUUUUGCACUUUUUUGUAAGAACUAAAGUUAAUAGGGUAUUAACAACAAUAACACUGUCUCCUUUAUCUUAUGCCUAGGGCUUUGGGAAUGUUUUUACCUGGUGGCAAUAAAUACCAGAUGCCUGCAAAAUCCAGCUACGAAUAUAGCUGGAUUUUGAUUCAAAUUAUUAUCAACAUUAAGCCCACUGUUAAUAUUCUAUUAACUUUAAUUCUUUCCUGAAGUCAAAUUCGACACUACCACAUCAAAAAAUAUUAGAAUAUAGCCACCUAUGGUGGCUCAUGUCUAUAAUCCCAGCACUUUGGGAGGUUGAGGUGGGGGGAUUACUUGAACCCAAGAGGUCAAGGCUGCAGUGAGCCAUAUUCACA